AUCCCAUGUGAUAUGUCAAAACAAGUUGAUACAUGUGUUAUCAUGUUGCAUUGGGUUUGUAUUUGUAUUUAUUGUGGAUCCCCUUUAGCAGCAGCAGCUAGUCUUCAUGGGGUCCAGUAAAAUGAAGGCAGUUAUACAAUUGUAAAAACAUUCCUAUACAUUCACAACAGAUUUCACAAAAUCCAUGUUCCUGUUUGAUUUCGGGGUAGGCUGUCAACAGCACGUACUGUGACACUAUGAUAUGUAUUCUGAUCAAGUCAACAAUACCUCUAGGCAUAUCUGACGUCAUGUAUUUGAUAUCUUUAUGUGAAGGUUAAUGUCCAUAUUGACAUCAGUUCAUUGUGUUUGAGGACGGUUCACUGACCGGUUGUCAACGGAUACGAUUAGACUAGUUUAACAGUUAAAGAACAGCUACAGUAGCCUAUCAGAACAGCUGCAGUAUCAGAGGCGCAGAGCCUUAAUUAACGAGCUACACAUAAUGGCUGACGACAGCCAGAGCGUGAAAUGGGAGGAUCCCCCGGAUGACCAAAAUAAGGUUGUGGAGAAUAUGAAGGAUGAAACAGAGACACAUGAGACCAACAAGAACAGGACAGGAGGCAAGGCUAAACGUAAGUCCAGUGGCUGUGCCAAGAAGACUUCCGUGGAGGAGGACAGCAGCAUUGGUGCAGAGUCUUCUCAGACACCCGGGUGUGGUUUCCGGGAAAGGGGAUCUAUCAUUGAGCAGGUGGAGAAGGAGGCUCAGAGGACUCUAAUGCCUUCUCUCAAGAUUGAGACAUGCUGUGCCCCAAUCCUCCUCUCCUUCCUGAGGAGUCUAACUGAUGACCAAUGGAGAGUGAUUCAGCAUGGCAUGAAAAAUAACCUCACAUUCGAGCAGCUCUCCAUGCUGUGUCUGAAGAUUGUUAAAGUCGUGACCCAGACAGCCCUCCGCAUUCUCCUACCAGCGCUAGCUCGUAUCAUGGGGGUGAACCUGAGGAGUGGGGCAACCUCCCCAGAAUCCCAGUGCUCUGAGGAUUCCUUAGGCAGUCUGGAUGAGAGAGAGAAAAGGCUGCUGAUCAGUGAGAUGAACUACUGGACUAAGGAGAGGAGGAGGAAUGGCAGUGCAGGGUGCCGCCAAAAAUCCACCCGCAGGACCUCAUCACCAUGCUGUUCGCCUAAGAGGUCCCAGACCUCAUUGCAGAGCUUGCCUGCAACUAGAGAGGCUCCACUCAUGGAGGAGCCUCUGAAGGCUCUUUUUGGGGUAACGGAAGAGAGCCUCCUGAUAUCCCUGGUUGAGGGUCACUCCAACCCCAGCUCCUCCGAGUUGAGCUGUGCUAUCGUGGGGGAGGUGGUACACCAGCUUAACUCUGGCCUCUCAGUGGCCAUUCAGGCCAGCCCAGGGUGUUGCCCCCUUAUGGACAGUCAGGACAUAGCAGCAGGCAAGGAGGUCAUUCGGGUAGCCUCGGUGCAGAUCCUGGCCGAGCUACAGAGCCAAAAGUCUGAGCCAGCGUGGGCAGGGUUUAUCGAGCCCCUCAUGGACCCUGUGACCGAUGAUGUGCUGGAUGCCAUUGUCGGCACAAUGGACAAAAUGGCACAGGACUUCAACAUCCUAUUGGAUCUGGCCAAGAAGAUGACAAUGUUGGGGUCUAAAUUUCUGACCAAUCUUCAAUGUGACCUUGAUGUUGAGUGUCCAUCUGGGAAAGAAGGGACCACUCACUUUCUCAAAGAGACUGGAUCCUCUACCAGUGUGGUGGCCAGAAAGAUUCAGACCCUCUCUAGCCCCGACUUUCAGUCUAAAGCCCUGAAGGCGGUGAACACCAUCCUUACAAGGAAAGUCAGCAGCUCUUCUGACAUGGCUCCUUCCUCUAGGCCUUCUAGUGCUGCUCCUAGCCUUACUGAAGCCCCCCUGAAUACCAGCUGCACAGCCCUGACAUCUGUAACCUCCACUGCCACAGUGAUUGUUAAGGCAUUUGUGGGAGGCAUGGAGACGAUAGCAUCAUUUGAAGGCCCAUGUGAAGCAGUUGAUUGGCCAGUUCCUGUAAAUGACCACAAAACAGGAUCUUCACAGAUGAUAACUUUCUCUCUAGCCCGCACACUCUACGGCCGUAUACGAGCAAAGCUGAGGGACCUUUUAACUCUAUCCACUCGAGAAGAAGGUGUGGCUAAGGAUGCUUCUCUUCAGGAGUCUUCAGACACCCUGGAAAAGGCAACUGUUUCAACUGUUGAGGUCCAGUUACCCAGCACCGAACUUAGUAGAGUUCCCAGUGAGAGCCAACCAAUACCAGCUCUCUGUCUCUCCAAUCUGGAUACCAGUACUCAAGAAGUUCUUAGCAGUGUUUUUUCCAUCUACAAGUCAGAGUUAUCAAAAGUGGAGAGUAAAUCCUUGGCCGUUGUCAGUUCAUCUGAUGAGUCCCUAGAGGCUUGUUGGUUUGUUGAUGGUGUCCUAUCAAAGCUCGAUGACUAUACUAUUUCCCAGUCACCCUCACCCAAUGAAGACUUGAGCGUGAGUACUCAAUAUUCUCAACUGAGCUCAGAAGAGAGUGUCAGAAUCACAGAGUCCUCUACUAGUCUGAUUCAGAGCAUUAAGAAGCUCUCUAGCAAUGACUUCCAGACUCAGGCAGAAGAGGCAGUGAGUAAAGUGCUGAUGAGAUCCAGUCAUUUCUUUAUCACACAGAUCAGCCAUACUGGUCUUCAGAAAAGUCUGCAGGCUGGCCUAUCAUCUAGCUCACCAUCAGAGAUCCAUGUCCUUUCAGAAUCCAUGUCCUCCAUGUCCUCUGAGAAUACAGCCUCUGGAUUAGUGGAAACCUUUGUCAAAGGAAUGGCCACUAUUUUCCAGAAAAAUGAGUCCACUGACACUGUGCUACUGGAAAGAAGUGGGAGAGUUUCGCAGUGCUCCCACGGGGGCUCCCAACUGGAUGAUACUGAAUUGAGUGUUAAAAUAUCAGAGGAGAAGCUUUGGUCAACAGCUAAGACCAUCUGCGUCAGUAUGAAGAACACACUUAAGGAUUUCUUCACAGGGCUGAAGCCAUCGGGAUCCGAAAGGACAGAAAAUGCUUCUUCCAAAGAGACCCUUGGGGAAAUCCUGGUUGCUAUCCAGAGUGAAAUCUCAAACUUAGGGCGAAUGAAGGAUUCCAGGGAGCUCCUUCAGAUCAAUGAUAUGUUAGGAACUAUGCUGAAGGAGGUUGAGAAAAGUGAGGAUGACAGUGAACACGUCUGCCAAGACAUCCCGAGAACCUGUUCAUCUUUGUCCACUUCUUUAAAUGGUCGUAGUUCCUUGUCCAGCUCUUCAAAUGGUCCUAGGUCAGAGUGUGAGUUAGAGAUCAACCUCCCUGGCACUCCCAUCCCUGACCAAGUGCCUUUUGAUCUGACCUGCCCCAUCGUCAGGAGCUCCUGCAUCGACACCAGAGUCUCUAAAAUGCCAGAGAUUUCUUCAAGUGACCUAAAGACAAAGAUGAUGGCACACACAGAUGAACCCCUGCAUCGUAACAGUCCAAUGACUGACAGCAGUCGACCACCGAGUGCUAAAGCCUCUUUCGAACCUCCACUCCGUCUUUCACCAGCAAGGGAACCUCUUUGGUACCAAAGGGAAAUGGGAUUGACAUUGAAGAGAAGGAGGUGUGCAUCCCCAGCAGCUCUGGCCAUCUGAGGGAGCUCUUAAUCACCCCGGACAUCAGCAGUGCCACUGCAUUCCCACUGCAGUACUUGAUGGACUCCAGCCAAGAUGAUGGCAUCUGUUUUGUAACCAUACUGGUGAUAAGGUUGCUAUCGGAGAUCAGACCCUCAGCCCUAGAUGGACCCUCCCAACAGGCAGCAGAUCUGACAGAAACAUGUCAGCAACUCAUCAGACAAGUCCUGUCUGAGUUCUGUGCUGCAUCCAGAUUCUCCAGGACACAGGCAUAUUCCCAGAACCUGAACAUCCAAAGGGUGUUCAGAGGUGUACAUAAAAACCUCAUGGAGAAGUUUGGCUCUUAUAACACCCUGCAAGCAGCUAUUUCCUCCCAGGACCCUGCAUUUGACAGAGUCCUGGUAAAGUCCUUGACCCAGCAGCUGGUACAGGGAUGCAAGGAGGCGUCAAGACCAGCUUCUGCUGCAACAAACCCAUCAGACCAGGCUGAGACAGAGAGGGGGGCUGAGCAGAAAGCAAGAAGGAGCUUCCUUUGCUUUUCAAUGACCAAACUCAGGAUCAACUUCAAGCGUUCCAAGAGAGGAAACAAAAAGGACUGCCAUUCAGUCCAGGAACAGACUGAGAUUCCCUCUACUGAUGCACAUUGCAUAGCUCCAGUUGGAGAGGUUUCUCCCUCCAUAUCUCAGCUUGUCAAAAAACGAUCCUUGAUUGUCAGGGUCUUUUCAGCAAUGAUGAAGCCAUUCAGGCGCUUCACCAAGAAGAACCUGUAACCUGUUACGCUGCAUGAAGAACUACUUUUGUAACAGCAAGACUUUUGACAAGAGGAAUUUCUGCAUGUCUACCCUUUCAAAGUCUAUUUGAUCAAAUAAAUGCAAAUGAUUUUACAAGAAUUUCAAGUGUUUUGGAAAAUUUGUAAAACUGAAGCAGCUUUUCUCAGAGAAAUGCACUAGUUCCCCCUUGGUUACACAUUUAUUGUGCAGUUUUUGAGUCGGCAAGACAGCAGGUAGCCUUGUGGUUAGAGCAUUGGGCCAGUAACUGAAAGGUUGCUAGGUCAGAUCCCUGAGCUAACCAUGUAAAAAAUAUGACGUUCUGCUCCUGAACAAGGUAGUUAACCCACUCUUCCUAGAGCUGGCCGCCAGGCCAAACUGAGCAAUCGGGGGAGAAGGGCAGUGCAGUGGAGCAGCAGUGCAGUGGAGUAGCUUCAACAGCCAUAGGCCCAGGGAUUUCACAUCACAUUCCAUGAUGCAAUGCAGAAUACGGCUUCACACAGAACAAUCACCAAACCCAAUAGAUAACACUUAGCACAGCCAAACAUCAUGUAUCACAUGAAGAGGCAUGUGUGUUCUCCAGACGUGAUACCUUGUCAUGGACCUGCUGUUUCGAUCUUCGCUCUCUCUCUCCCUCUCCCCCUCUCUCUCCCUCUCUCUCUCUACCACACCUG